CCGCGGGGAACCAGGGCCGGGGCCGCCCCGGCAGGGCCCCCGGCACCCCCCCCUUCCGAGGCCCCGGGAGCUCGGGUCACAGGCCGGCCGGGUGGGGCGGGGGCCGUGCCUGUAUUAGGGCAGAGCCGAGGCCCCGGGCCCGGCCAGCAGCGCCCCGGCCCGGCCCACCCCCGCCCGCGGGAGGAGCCGGGCCAGGUGGGGGAGCGCGGCCGGUCCGGAGCUGCGGAGCGUCCCCACCCAGGCCGCCCGUGCAGGCCCCCGGAGGGCUCUUUCCCCGGCUUUCCCCGCUCUCGCAUCUGGGGGAGACUCGGGGCCCCAGGGGCCCGGGACCCCUCCCCCUCUCUCCGGAGCGCUCGAUAAGGGACGGAAGUUAAGCGGGGCCGGAGGCUCCGGGAAGGGAGGCGGUGCGGCCGCAGCGGGCCCCAGGAGGGCAGCGCGGGGCAGCGGAGACCGCCCUCCCCCCUGUGCGAGGAAGGGGCUGGGAACCGCGGGGAGAGAGGCUCCGGCGGGAGGCACUUUGCAAGCAGCGGGAGGGCCGAGAGGGAGAGGCGUAAAAGAGCAGCCCGAGAGCUGGACUCACGGAGCCGGGGACCUUCGGCUCGGCCCAGGCCACCCUGGCCUUUGGCCGCGGAAGAAGCCGAGGGGGCCGCGAACUAGUGACUCGUCCAAGGUCACGCCGCUAUAAAUAGCUUCUAGGGGCCUGGGGCCGGGGAGGAAGCGGGGACGGAGUGGCGGUCCAGGGCCGCCGUCAGGGCUCCCCUCCCCGGACCUCUGCCCCGCGGCGGGAGGGCUGGGGAGCCGCGGUCUGCUCUGCAGGCGGCCCGCGUCCCUGAGGGAGUGGGAAGAGCUCGUCCGGAGGGGAAGCAGGAGGGAUCUGCCCAGCGGGGAGGGCACAGCCACAGCCCCCGGGAGCCGGCUCCUCUGAAGCAGCCUCUCCUCUGAAGCAGCCUCUCCUCUGAAGCAGCCUCUCCUCUGAAGCAGCCUCUCCUCUGAAGCAGCCUCUCAGGCGUGGGAGCGCAAGCCAUGAGCCGCAGAGUGGUUCGGCAAAGCAAGUUCCGGCACGUGUUCGGGCAGGCCGGGAAAGCGGAGCAGACCUACGAGGACAUCCGCGUCUCCAAGGUCACCUGGGACAGCUCCUUCUGCGCCGUCAACCCCAAAUUUCUGGCCAUCAUCGUGGAGGCGGGCGGGGGCGGGGCCUUCAUGGUGCUGCCCCUGGCUAAGACAGGACGUGUGGACAAGAACCACCCGACCGUCAACGGACACACGGGCCCCGUGCUGGACAUAGACUGGUGUCCCCACAAUGACAGCGUGAUCGCCAGCGCCUCGGAGGACACCACUGUCAUGGUAUGGCAGAUCCCGGACUACACGCCAGUCCGGAACAUCACAGAGCCCAUCGUCACGCUGGAGGGCCACUCCAAGCGCGUGGGCAUCCUCUCCUGGCACCCCACCGCCCGCAACGUCCUGCUCAGCGCCGGAGGGGACAACGUGAUCAUCAUCUGGAACGUGGGAACAGGGGAGAUGUUGCUCAGCCUGGAUGACACACAUCCCGACGUCAUCCACAGCGUCUGCUGGAACACCAACGGGAGCCUGCUCUGUACCACCUGCAAGGACAAGACCCUCCGGGUCAUUGACCCCCGAAAGGGCCAGGUGGUGGCGGAAAGGUUUGCUGCCCACGAAGGGAUGAGGCCCAUGCGGGCCGUCUUCACGCGCCAAGGCCACAUCUUCACCACGGGAUUUACCCGCAUGAGCCAGCGCGAGCUGGGCCUGUGGGACCCGAACAACUUCGAGGAGCCCAUGGCCCUGCAGGAGAUGGACACGAGCAACGGGGUCCUGCUUCCCUUCUACGACCCCGACUCCGGCAUAGUCUACCUGUGCGGCAAGGGGGACAGCAGCAUCCGGUACUUCGAGAUCACCGAGGAGCCCCCCUUUGUCCACUACCUGAACACCUUCAGCAGCAAGGAGCCCCAGAGGGGCAUGGGCUUCAUGCCCAAGCGGGGCCUGGACGUCAGCAAGUGUGAGAUUGCCAGAUUCUACAAGCUGCAUGAAAGGAAGUGUGAGCCCAUCAUCAUGACUGUACCCCGAAAGUCAGACCUGUUCCAGGAUGACCUGUACCCCGACACGCCAGGCCCUGAGCCUGCCCUGGAAGCAGAUGAGUGGCUCUCAGGCCAGGAUGCAGACCCUGUGCUGAUCUCCUUGCGGGACGGCUACGUGCCCCCCAAGAGCCGAGAACUCCGAGUCACCAAGCGCAAUAUCCUGGAUGUCCGGCCGCCCACCGGCCCAAGACGCAGCCAGUCUGCCAGUGACGCCUCUUUCUCGCAGCAGCAGCAACAGCAGACCCUGGAGACGCUGCUGGAGGAAAUUAAGUCCCUCCGAGAGAGGGUCCAGGCUCAGGAGGAGCGAAUCACGGCCUUGGAGAACAUGCUCUGCGAAUUUGUGGAUGGCACCGAUUAGCCCCCCAGCCCAGUCCCCAUCUCCUGCUCCCACCUCCCUUCCUCUAACCCCAGGAUGGGAGGGGAGAGUCUGGGACAGGGUCGGGAUGGCCAGGAACUCGAUCCCGGGGACUCCCCACAGAGGGGAGGGUGAAGAAGAGCAGAACGCUUUUCCCGACCUUCAAAGGGGGAGUGGGGCGUGAAUUGUGGCCUUUUCCUCUGAGAGGAGCUCACCCCCUCUCAACGGGACAUUCACCCUCAGCCUUGUGUGUGCACAGUGGGGGAUGUAGGAGGACUAAACCGUGAACCCCAUCAGGGGCAGGGCUGAGGGACAGCAUUAGUGAUCAGUCAGUAAGCAUUUGAUAAGCUCCUUCUGUGUGCCGAGCAGAAAAGACAAAAAUGAAACCAUCUCUGCCCUCAAAGAGCUUACAUCCUUUUGGGGGAGACUUUGAGGAGGCGAGAGAAAGGACUUUGGGGGCCAGUAGUGCUGAGUGGAAUUUUAGGCAAACCCUCUUGGAAGGGGAGGUGAGAUCGGGACUGCAGUGGUCAGUGGGAAUGGCCCCUUUCCCUUUCCUUUCUCUCCCCAGCCACUAACGGGAUGGAUCUGGAGAUGUGGGGGUGAGGUUUCUCAUUAGCUGGGCUCUGGAGGUAGGGGCUUUGCUCUAGCCCUAAUGUAGGAGGUCAAGGAAGGCAGACUUUCUAGUGCAUCGAUGAAGGGGCUAAGGGAUUGCUGGGAGCCUGAAGGGCCGUUCCUUUCUCCCUCUUUCUAACCAUCCAUCUCCCUCAAAGCACGUGGGCUCCCACGCUGACCGCACACAUGCCCUGCUUCCCACUGGCUCAGGUGGGAAGGUGUGGUUUGGAAUGGAGCAGAUUCUCCAGCCCCUGCCUUGCCCCAUCUGUCCCUGCUCCCCCUCACGGGCUCUGCUCUUUAAAAAGGAGAUUGUGGAGGAUGGAAAAAUUAAAUAUUUUAUUAAAUACUCGGC